GCCAGACUCGCAGGUAGCGAACUGUAUUUCUCCCAUCUUUCCUCUUGUGCUCUCUCGCCCGUCCUUCUCUUUGCGUGGGAAUGUCACGACCAGGGCUAUCUGCACGAGAUGGAUGAUGUGCGAUGUGCGAUGUCCUGGGCGUACUUACGAGUCACUCGAACGUACCUAGGGAUUGGGUGGGCAGGCAGGUACCUGGCAAACCUUACUCUUCCGCGUCCCGAGUCCCGCCCGACCUUCCUCACGGAGAAGUAGUUACCUAGGUAGGUAUCGAAAGGAUCAUUUCUUUUUGCUUCUCUGACUAAUAAGCCUUCACUCACGAUAUACUCAAAUGCACACUCCUCGAGUAUCGUGAAGCCUGCAUUGUGACAGGUGAAAAACACACACGGAAAAAAUAAGAGAGCAACCCAUUUCUUUCUAGGGCGGCGCACACUUGGAAACUCUCUUAUUACUGUUCGUGACUACGACCACAUACAUGUACAUGUACAUGUACAUAUACAUGUACAUACCGACUGAACUCUUGUACAUGCAUCACCAAAAAAGGCUGGGCUGGGCUGGGGUCACACUCAUUUCUUCUCCCCUCCCCUCCCUUCCCCGUGCACUUUCUCCAACACCAACCCAAUAAUCCCAGUCUUUCGUGUCAUUCGAUUCCUUCUUCCACCACUUCCCCAAAAAAAGAUCAAAUCCCUUUUCCCCACACCCUAAACUCUAGGUCGAACAUCUUUGUUCACCAGCAGUCAGUCAGUCAGUCAGUCUCUGAGAGUACGUCCCGUACACCUUUCACGCAACCCCCUCCUCCCUCCUCCCUCCUCCCUCCUCCCGCCCUCCCGCCCUCCACCUCGUGCGCGCGCUGCCUCUCAAUCACUAUUACUAUUACUAUUACUAUUCUCGAUCCUGCAACCACGUGCCGAAUUACAUUGGACAAGGGAAUGCUUCUCAGCUUGGCUUUUUGCAGGAGAUUCUUCAUCGUCCAAUGGGCAUGCCAAUUUCCAUCCACGAAAACCCGGUGAUCAUUAACGAUCUCUCGACCUGAAUCAAAUCCAUCCUCGCAUCCUCCACCGUUCAUUAAUUCACGACGCCGACCGGACGACCAAUUCUAUUACACCAUGGUAAUCGCCAUGACCUGGCACAAGCCCGAUAAUGUUGCCGGCUCAUCGGCGCCGGCGAUCAUGAUCGGUUUAUUCGUCGCGACAGGAGGUCUCUUAUUUGGUUACGAUACUGGUACAAUAUCUGGAGUAGUGGCAAUGCGUGCCUUCCGCCAACAAUUCUCAACCGGUUACGUCGAUCCUUCCGACAAUGAAUUAUCCAUAUCGCCCAGUCAAUCCGCUCAAAUCGUGGCCAUCUUGAGUGCCGGAACAUUCUUCGGAGCGUUGCUUGCUGCGCCUAUGGGUGAUCGAAUCGGUCGACGGAUAUCUCUCAUCAUUGCUGUCGGUAUAUUUUGUAUUGGGGUGGCACUGCAGACGGCUGCAAUGCAGAUUCCGAUGCUCAUAGCUGGAAGAUUCUUUGCGGGCCUAGGCGUUGGAAUUAUAUCUGUUCUGGUUCCUUUGUAUCAAUCAGAGAUGUCACCGAAAUGGAUUCGCGGAACUCUGGUAUGCACAUAUCAACUCGCCAUCACGGGUGGAAUCCUUCUCGCCGCCGUCGUCAACAUAUUUACCGAAGGUAUUGAUGGCCCAAAAGCUUUUCGAAUUCCUUUUUCAAUCCAAUUCGUUUGGGCCGGCAUUCUCUUCCUGGGCCUUGUUUUGUUACCCGAAACACCUCGAUACCUCAUCAAAAGUGGUCAACACCAGGCAGCGGCUUCAUCUUUAAGUCGCCUUCGUCGCCUUGACAUAACACAUCCUGCUCUGAUAGAAGAAUUAGCGGAAAUUGAAGCGAAUCAUGAAUAUGAGUUGAGUCUAGGCUCUUCAUCAUAUAAAGAUAUUUUCCUAGGCUCGCCGCAUCUAGGACGGCGACUUCUAACCGGUUGCGUUCUACAAAUGCUUCAGCAGUUGACUGGAUGUAACUUUAUCUUCUACUAUGGCACGACUUACUUCAAGAAUGUGGGAAUUUCGUCACCUUACGUGAUUCAACUCAUUUCAAACGCAGUAAAUACUCUCUCCACCAUUCCUGGAAUGUUUCUAGUCGAAUCAUUAGGUCGUCGCCGUCUUCUUAUGCUAGGUGCCGCAGGAAUGGCUGUUUGUCAUUUCUUGAUUGCAUCGGUUGGAACUGCAGCACAAGAAGAAGCGAGAGCAGUAAAUAUAGUAAUUAUUGUAUUCGUUUGCUUAUUCAUCUUCUUUUUUGCUUCAUCUUGGGGACCAGUUGUUUGGGUUGUCACAUCAGAAAUCUUCCCAUUGAAGGUUCGAGCCAAGUCCAUGUCGAUCUCCACCGCUUCGAAUUGGCUUCUCAAUUUCGCCAUCGCUUAUAGCGUUCCAUAUAUGAUUAGCACCGGACCUGGUUAUACAAAUCUUCAAACAAAGAUAUUCUUUCUCUGGGCUUGCUUUUGCGUAAUCGCAUUCAUAUUCGUAUGGGGAAUGGUAUAUGAAACCAGCAAAAUCAGUCUUGAGCAGAUUGAUGAGUUGUAUGAACGAGUCGAACAUGCUUGGAAUAGUAAUAACUUCGAACCUAGUUGGAGUUUUCAAGAAAUGCGAGAUGAAGGCGCAUCUGCAAGUGGAAUUCAAUUACAACUACAACUCGCUGAUCAAGAAGAACCGAGGAGACGAACAGGUACGAGUGCAAGUGCAACGGGCAGCGAUGGUACCAUGUCUGAGGAAGAUAAAAUCGUUGCGGGAUUGGGUGAUGUGGAUUUGAGUUAUUAAUGACUUUUCGAGAGCUAUUCAAGGCUUUGGGUAUUUUAAGUACAGUAUUAUAUUAUGUUUCAAGCGACGGAGUUUAUUGCAGUUGGAGUUUUAUGGAAUGGAAGGGAUGGAUGGUAGGAUGGUUUGCGUAUGGAAUGCGUAUGAAUUGCGUAUGGUGUAGGGUGGGAAAUGAAAUACGGUUGGCCUUUGGGGUUGGGUUGGGAAUUGUGAUUGGGGAUCUUUCUGGACGAACGGGUCUACAGUAUCUACCGCAGGCGAAAUUUGGGGAAUGUUCAAGAACGGGGAUGGGAUGGGGUUUAUACCAAAUGCAAUGCAAACGAGCAUAUAUUGCCCAAUAGCGAUGUAGGGCAAUAUAUAUGAUAUAUCGGAUAGGACUAGCUGGCUAACUGAACCGGAUCAGAUAUUAUCUGAAAUGGAUCGACAUGGGUUAGUCUAGCAUAGGAUGGGAGGUUCUUUGUGCGCAUAUUUGAAAACGAUUUGAUACUUGUGGGUGUAGUAUGAAAUGAUAAUUCUUUUUUUAUAUCAAACAUCAAAAUGAUGAUGGUGUUUAGUUGUAAGUGCUUGCUUAUAUGGAUAUCUAGGUAUGUAUUGAUUUAAAUGGGGCAAACGAGAUGGAGAAUUCAUGAUGUCAGGGGUUCUUUACUAGAAGAAAUAAUCAAGGAUGAUUGCCUGAAUAUUUACAGCCCAUUCACAUCCA